UUGAAAAUGUCAACAGCAACCCUCAGAUGACAUGAAACAUAUAGGAAAUGUUUAGCAUAACUGUUGAGUUAGUAAUAAUGAAUUGGGAAAACAGAUUUGAAGGGCGUUAAUAAACUGUAGCCUCUCUCCUAAUUUUGGACAUCUGUUGGUAUACACAAACCGAUAAGGAUGUCGCCGCCCUCUAGUGGUCAGUUGAACCUUGUGCGGACUCUGGCUACAUUGCUGCGGGAUAAUGGUGACUCUGUUCUGGAUGGUAGCAGCACGCUGACUCUGCAGGUUGGCUGUCUGCAGCAUCUCACCUGCCUCUUCCAGCAGUUUCUCCACUCGCGCACCAAUCAGCAUGGCUUCCUGGCCUUGCCCUCGCACCCGGCCGACACGCCUUCCAUGCUGCAAGUCCAGUUCCUCUUCGACAUGCUGCAGAAAACCAUCUCACUGAAGCUCAUUAAUCCUCCUGGCCCCAGUCUCCAGUCAGUCGUGAAGAUCUUCCCUUUCAAAUCCCUCAGAUACUUGGAGCUGAAGCGGAUCCCCCCUCACUGUCUAGAGGGCCUGCGGGCUGUGUACUCAGAGCUGCAGGUCUUCGUCUGUUCCAGAAGUGUCAGCUCUUUACAGGAACUCUUGUCUCUGUGUGGCGGGGAUCUCAGUUCCGCACUGCCCUGGCUCGAGCUGCACACUCUGAACUUCAGCUACAACUCCAUCAGCUGCUUGGAUGAGUCCCUGAGAUUACUAAACGUGUUGAGGUCCUUGGACCUGAGCCAUAACAGAAUUCAGAACUGCGGGGAGUUUCUGCAGCCACUCAGUGACUUGCAGCACUUGAACCUGGGGUACAAUUUUCUUCAGAGGGUGCCUCUGUUGGGGAUCAGCUGCAGGGCCACGCUUGUCAAGCUGAUUCUCAGGAACAACGAGCUGGAAACUAUUAACGGAGUGGAACAGCUCUGCUCCCUGCAGCACCUUGACCUGGCCUAUAACCUGCUGAUGGAACACUCCCAACUAGCCCCCCUGUCUUUGUUGCAUAACCUCAACUUGCUCCAACUGGAGGGAAACCCGCUGUACUUCCACAAGAACCACCGUCUUUGUGCUGUGCGCCACAUAUCCCCAAAGGCUGCGUUCCGCAGACUCAAUCUGGACGGCUGCCUGCUUUCGUCAUGCGAGUUAGAGGUUCUGCGUAGGCUGGGACUGGUGAUUGGCCAGAUGACACAACCCGUUUCCCAGACUUCCAUGGCAACCGAGAAGGGUCCCCAGGAGGUGUCCAGUGGGGCAGGGGAGUUGAGUGACAGUCUAUGUCUCAGUGAGCCAAUGAUGAAACCACUAACCAGGAAGAAAUCCAGGACUAAAGUCAGAGUGAGGAGAGCCAGCAUCUCUGAGCCCAGUGACACGGACCAUGAUCUCAGGACCCAGUCUAGUCUACAGGACAUUGUGCUCCAUCACCAGAAGGACAUCGAGAGGAUGGAAACUUUCCGUGAUCAGCUCGGCGAAGACUGGCUGCGCUACCAACACCAUCUGGAGAAACCGUCGACACCGCAGGAGAGCGGUCGCUCGGAAACCGAUCACUCCGCGGUCAUGAACGGCCACUGCGCCACCCCCCCUUCACCGAGCGCCGAUCCUUCUGAGGAGAUCUCCCAACCGCCCCAGCUAGACCAGCAUGCUUCACCUCUGCUCACUUCUGAGCCGAAGCAGGAGUUGCUGGAGGUGGAGCUCGACACGGAGUCUACGCUGCGGUGGCCUGGUCACGGAACCGAAAACACAGACUCCACCCUGGAGACCAGCGUGGGGGAGAUGCAUCUCCCGGGGGACUGCAGCACACCUGUCCCGAAGGAAGAGGAAGAGGAGGAGCUUGAGGUGGACCUGUGCCUGCCCCUGCUGGUGGGAGUGCUGUCGGAGGGAGAGGAGGACCAGGGGAUGAGGACGGCCCAGGGUCCCCUGUUCCUGAGGGUGAAGACUGGUCACAUGCUGGAGGUGGACAUGCAGAGCGGACGUGUGAUGGCCAAGCUGGAGCUGGACAGCCUGCAGGAGGUCACCACCUCUCAGGCCACCUGGACAGAGGAGGAGGUGCAGUAUCCCGCCGUGGAGCUGCACUUCAGCUACAUCAACCGCACUCGACGCAGGCGAUGCUACAUCAUGCUGGACGACAACCCUGAGCAAAUGCAGCAGGCCUUGGCAGACAUUUUGUUUCAGGUGGUGGAGGAGAAUAGGCGCAGGCUUCCUGAAGGACACCAGCAGCCUGAACGCAUGCAGUGUUUGAGGUGCUGUGCUGAGUUCUCCCAGCAGGGGGAGCGUGAAGGCAUGAAGAUGAUUCCCAGAAGGGAUGUGGGGGAGUGGGAGGAGAGUCGGCAAGAUGACAGUGAGAGUGUGCUCAACUGUCCUGAGUGUGGUAGUGAUCAUGUGGUCCAGCUGGCUGACCAGUUGGUGCCCUCCACCAGCACACCCGUCCAGUCUGAAGAUGAUGAUGGUUUUGAUGACUCCAACACGGGAAGUCUUCACCAGGAGCCUGCAUUGGGAGAGGCCUGUUUGACCAGUGGCAGCCCCGCCCUCAUGGAGACGGGACUCUCAGACACCUUCCUCACUGCCAGGAGCCACACCUUCUACAUCGGGGAUGGGGAUGGAAGCAGCUUGACAGACAGGAGCUCCCCCUCCCAGGUUGCUGCCUUCCAAACCCCCAGUGGGCUCUGCAACGAGGAGCUUUACACAAGCUACAACUACACAAACCCUCUGCCUACCCAGCCUACCCCACCUCUCCAGGCCCAGCCUCUGCACAUGGAAGGGACCAACCCUGCUCAGUUUGACCUACUUGCUGAGAACUUUGAGGCAGUAGACCACCGGCUGAAGCUCUUCCUUGAUGUGGAGGUGUUUGAGAAUGACUCGGAAGAGUUCCGCUGCUAUCUCAAGAUAUCCACAGUGAAGUUUGGAGAUCCUUUAGAGUUUUUGUCUCUCCUGGUGGUAUCUGAUGAGUCCAUAUACAUCCUGGAGGUUACCGUGGAAGCACAAAAGCAGCCGUCUGAUUUGUUCCUGAAGAGAGCCAGUCAUCCUAUUUCUGAGCUCAGCUACUUGGAGUUGGGCCUUGGGUCUCAGAGCAUCCACAUGGAAUUUGAUGACGGAGGGUCUGCCUACACCCUGCUUGUACGAGACCGCACCCGCUGCAAGCAUUUCUUCGCAUUCCUUACAGGAAUUGUGAAAGAACUUGCUCCAAAAUCCAACAGCAAACUCAAGUCCAUCUCCAACACCCGCCUGAACCCACAGCACCACCUCUGGUCACUACUGUGUGAUACGGGCAAAGCAGGCGAUGUUGAAGACUUUCAGCCCCAGUUCCUGUACGUCCUGGCGUUCCUCGUGCCAGGGGGCAGUUUGAGCCCAGUGACAGUACUUGCAACUCAGGACAUGUUGUAUCUGCUCAACGAAGACCACCAAUGGCGGAAGAGCUUGCUUGAUGCAACACCCAAUGACGACCCAUCAUCCUGUAGCGGGAGUGUCAUAAUUCAGGAGACCCAGCCAAUCAGCUGUGUCAGCUCAGUCCAUUUGUUCACCUCUGACCCAUGCAGAGUCAACAUUAACAUUUAUGAUGAGGUGGAAAAAGAGGAGAAGCCAUGGGUGCUGCUUUCUGGGAGCGCUGAGCUGACGCAGGCCCUGGUAGACUGGGUCAGAUCCCAGUGGGAGGCCAUGUUUGGGGUCAGGCUGAUGACCAGCCUUCAGGAAGCAGGAUCCUGAGCACUGAGCUGUGCACACCUUGCAGCCUCUAUACGCCUAAAUGCCACGCAGUACUGGGGGGUUAUGGGAGGAUUGGCCCUGAAGCUACAAACUCUUCCUCAUUUCCAUAGUCUGAAAGGAAGGAAUGCAGUUGUAUAGACUCUUCUGGAAGACCAAACACAGGGUUUAUUUCUUGCACUUAAGGGAAUUUGUAUAUUGUUGGUGAAAGGGAAUCUGUUUCCUGUUACAGACUGAAUGAAAGGAGUUGAAAAGGGACUAACCCCAACCCUAAGAACACUGCCUGAAAAUGACUGUAGUGUAUGGAAUAUUCCCCAUAUUGCUUUGGGCGGGAAAUCUUUUUCUUUUUCAAGUAUGUUCUGGGCUUCAAUUAUGUUUUCAAAAUAUGAAGUACUGGUGGUUAGCAGCCAGAUGAAGAGGACACCAAGGAGACAUCUUUGUGUGAGUGAUCAUGGCAAUGCUGAUUGUCUGAAUGUACAGAAAGUAAUUAUUCAUGCAAUGUGAGAAUUCUGUGUACUGAGUGUCAAUGAGUAAAAAAAUUAGUAGCUUUUUCAAGCUUGUUAAUUUCUUUAAAAAAUAAAAAUAUUAAGAUUA